AGGAGUAAAGUGAUGCAAAACACGUGAAAUUUUGCCGGCGAAGAUAAAAAGUGACUAUGGUGAAGGAACAAUUCCGAGAGGCCGAUGUGGCUAAGAAAAUAAGCCAUGUGACCUUCGGAUUGUUGAACUCCCACCAAAUGCAGCAGAUGUCCCACCUGCAUGUAGUCAGUAAAACUCUUUACAACCAAGAUGGCAGCCGAAAACCUGUACCAUAUGGUGUGCUUGACCAUAAGAUGGGUACAAGUGAGAAAGAUAACAACUGUGAUACAUGUGGAAAGGGACUGGCAGAUUGUACAGGACACUUUGGAUACAUCGACCUGGAGCUGCCCUGCUUCCAUAUCGGAUAUUUCCGGGCCAUCAUUAAUGUUCUGCAGAUGACAUGCAAGGAGUGCAGCGAAAUUCUGCUUCAGUCCGAGGUAAAGACCAACUUUCUAGAGAGCAUCAAGCGGCCACUCACCUACCUCCAAUCUAAGGCUAUGAAGAAAAAGAUCUAUGAAAAGUGUAGGAAAGUGUCCAUUUGUCCGUCCUGUGGAGCAUACAAUGGUAUGGUGAAAAAAUGUGGUUUGUUGAAGAUCAUCCAUGAUAAGUAUAAGACUGGCCACAAAGGUAAUGAGAUCAUCCGUUCCGACUUCCUAUCAUCCUUUCAAGAUGCAGUGGAACAUGAUAGGGAAAUAGAGCCACUUCUGAAUAAGACUCAGGUUAUACUGAACCCAGUCAUGGUGCUCAAGCUGUUCCAGAGAAUUUCUGAUGAUAACAUGCCUCUGCUGAUGAUGAACUCGGACAUUGCUCGACCUGAGGAUCUCAUCCUAACAAGAGUUUUAGUGCCACCCAUUUGUAUUCGGCCAUCUGUUCUCUCUGAUCUCAAAUCUGGAACCAAUGAAGACGAUAUCACGAUGAAGCUGACCGAGAUAUUAUUCCUGAAUGAUGUCAUUCAGAAACACAAGGCAACAGGAGCUAAGAUGUAUAUGAUAAUGGAAGACUGGGACUAUCUACAACUACAGGUGGCACUGUUAUACAACAGUGAGACAUCAGGCAUUCCCCUACACAUGCAGCCAAAGAAAUCUACAAGAGGUUUUGUGCAGAGACUGAAAGGGAAACAAGGACGUUUUCGUGGAAAUCUUUCUGGCAAAAGAGUUGAUUUCUCUGGCAGAACUGUGAUUUCCCCUGACCCAAAUAUGAGAAUUGAUCAGGUGGCGGUACCCAUACAUGUCGCCAAAGUGUUGACGUACCCAGAGCGUGUCAAUAAAGCCAACAUCAAGAUGUUACGUAAGCUGGUGAAAAACGGGUGUGACGUCCACCCAGGAGCCAACUUUAUAGUGCAGAGGAACCACAUCAAAAGGUUUCUAAAAUAUGGAAAUCGAGAGAAAGUUGCAAAAGAACUAAAGUAUGGUGACAUUGUAGAACGUCAUCUGAUAGAUGGUGAUAUUGUGCUGUUUAAUCGACAGCCCUCCCUCCACAAGCUCAGCAUACAAGCUUUUUACGCAAAAGUUAUGCCCCAUCGAACAUUCCGUUUCAACGAGUGUUGCUGUAACCCCUUCAAUGCUGACUUUGACGGUGAUGAGAUGAACUUGCACCUGCCACAGACAGAGGAAGCUAAGGCAGAGGCCAUAACUUUGAUGGGGUCCAAAUCGAACAUCAUAACACCGAGAAAUGGUGAACCAUUGAUAGCUGCUAUACAGGAUUUCAUCACAGGUGCCUACCUUAUUACCCAGAAAGAUGUAUUCUUUGAUCGUGCUCGGACCUGUCAGCUGAUCUCAGCCAUGUUAUCAGGGAAUGAUAGUCAAAUGAAGAUAGAUUUACCUCCCCCCUGUAUCUUAAAGCCAUGUAAUUUGUGGACUGGCAAACAGAUCUUCAGUGUACUGUUACGACCAAACAAGGAUUAUCCGGUGAAGGCUAACCUUCGUACCCGUGGAAAGAACUACUCAUCGGGGGAGGAUCUCUGUUACAACGACUCUUUUGUGGUCAUCCGUAACAGUGAACAUCUGUGUGGGGCAAUGGACAAAGGAACGCUCGGCUCCGGCUCUAAAAACAACAUUUUCUAUGUGAUCCUGAGAGACUACGGUGAACAGUAUGCUGCUGACGCCCUGGUACGCCUGGCCAGACUCUGUCCAGCUUUCCUCAGUAACCGAGGGUUUUCCAUUGGUAUUGGUGAUGUAACACCAGGAGCUGGACUGGUCAAGGCAAAGAACCUACUUCUGGAAGAUGGAUAUUCAAAGUGUGACGGUUACAUUCGUGACUUGCAUGAAGGAAGGCUACAGACACAGCCUGGCUGCACUGAGGAGGAAACGCUGGAGGCUUGUAUCCUAAAAGAGCUCUCUGUGAUCCGAGACCACGCUGGGAAAGCUUGUCUACGGGAACUACACAAAAGCAACAGCCCCCUUACCAUGGCCAUCUGUGGCUCCAAGGGUUCGUUCAUCAACAUCUCCCAGAUGAUAUCCUGUGUAGGACAGCAGGCCAUAAGUGGGAAGAGGACACCCAAUGGCUUUGAGGAUCGCGCUCUGCCUCACUUUGAAAAGCAUGCCAAGGACCCAGCAGCACGUGGUUUCGUUGAGAACAGUUUCUACACCGGCCUGACACCCACAGAGUUUUUCUUCCACACGAUGGCAGGUCGAGAGGGUCUGGUGGACACUGCUGUCAAGACAGCCGAGACUGGCUACAUGCAGCGGCGACUGGUGAAGUCACUUGAAGACCUGUGUUCCCACUACGAUCUGACAGUCAGGAGUUCUACAGGAGACAUUGUCCAGUUCCUGUACGGUGGGGACAGCCUCGACCCAGCAUGUAUGGAGGGCAAGGACACACCCAUAGACUUCAAACGUGUGUUUGACCAUAUCAGGGCAAAUACUCGAGUGAGUUGUCAUGGAGAGAAAUCCCUCGGUGGUCAGAAGCUGGUUCAGCUGGUAAAGCAGAAAUUAUCUACCAAUGUGUACCAGACCUGUAGUACAGAAUUCAAGAAUGACCUCAUAGACUUCAUACAGAAGGUGGGUGAUGGCAUUGAUAAAACCAGACAAAGAUUUGGUGUUCUUGAUGGAAAGGAGCAGAGACUUCCAACAGUGCUGUUUGAGAUGGACAGGGUAACUGAGAAUCAGAUUGACGUCUACCUGAACUGCUGCAAGCACAAAUUCAUGAGGGCCCAGAUAGAGCCAGGAACAGCAGUUGGAGCAGUGUGUGCACAGAGUAUUGGAGAGCCAGGCACACAGAUGACUCUGAAGACAUUUCACUUCGCUGGUGUUGCUUCCAUGAAUAUCACACAGGGUGUGCCAAGAAUUAAGGAAAUCAUCAAUGCCUCCAAAAUCAUCAGUACGCCCAUCAUCACUGCCCAGUUGGAGGUGGAUAAUGAUGCGGAAUUUGCACGUGUCGUCAAGGGGCGCAUUGAGAAAACAACGCUAGGAGAGGUAUCGGAAUAUAUGGAGGAAGUAUUCUUGCCAGACGACUGUUUCAUACUAAUCAAACUUGAUUUAGAAAGGAUACGCCUGCUCAAGCUGGAAGUGCAUGCAGACAGUAUCAAGUUUGCCAUAUGUAGCUCUAAGCUCAAAGUAAAACCACAGCACAUCCAGAUUCACAGCGAGGCUGUAAUCACAGUACAGCCAAAUGAGACCUCCAAGAGCUCCAUGUACUAUGUCCUCCAGACACUGAAAAAGGAGCUGCCAGGGGUCAUGAUCAAGGGUAUCCCAUCAGUGACUAGAGCUGUGAUACACAUAGACGAGGGGUCGACAGAGCAGUACAAAUUACUGGUAGAGGGGGACAAUCUCCGGGCUGUCAUCGCCACCCCAGGUGUAAAGGGUUCCCAUGUGUCCUCCAACAAUACACUGGAGGUGGAGAAAACGCUGGGCAUCGAGGCUGCUCGAACCACCAUCAUGAAUGAAAUCAACUACACAAUGUCAAGUCACGGCAUGAGUAUCGACAUCCGGCAUGUCAUGCUCCUAGCUGACCUCAUGACCUUUAAGGGUGAGGUUUUAGGGAUUACCAGAUUUGGAUUGGCGAAGAUGAAGGAGAGCGUCCUCAUGCUGGCUUCAUUUGAGAAAACAGCAGACCAUUUGUUUGAAGCUGCCUACCAUGGGCAAAAAGACACAAUCAAUGGUGUGAGUGAAUGCAUCAUCAUGGGAAUCCCAAUGGGUAUCGGCACAGGACUGUUCAAGCUACUACACAAAGCAGAGAAGGACUCCAAACCUCGGCGACGCCCACUUGUCUUUGACAGAACAGAGUUUCAUCUUCCAAUGGUAUCGUGAUAAUGUUAUGAGAGAAAACUGCUUUUCAAUAUCUUUGCCGAAGUGCUUUGUUAAUGUUGAUGUCAGUUAUGUCAUGAUGUGAGUGUGGGUUGUAUGGAGAGUAUUUAUAUUGUUUCAUAGUUCCAUUUUGGCGAGAGUCAGUGUGUAUGCUAUAUCAGACUUCCUUUCUGUUGAGAAUCAGAUGUGUGUGUCCUUGUCAGAGGUUGUUGUGAUCAGUAUCAAGUGUGAAUGUUCUAUCACUUCUACUGUGAUGAUUGGGGGAGUGUGUAUGCAGUAUGAACAUCAAGUAUCAAUUCUAUAUCCUGGUUCGGUCAUAAUGAGAAUUGAGUAUGCUGAAACAGACUUCUGUUCUAUUACUCUUUCACAAGUGAGGUUUCAGCAGAGCAGUACAAAUUACAGGUAGAGGGGGACAAUCUCCGGGCUGUCAUCGCCACCCCAGGUGUAAAGGGUUCCCAUGUGUCCUCCAACAAUACACUGGAGGUGGAGAAAACGCUGGGCAUCGAGGCUGUCUCGUGAAAAUUGAUUGUUUCUGUUCUUUCACAGUUCAAGUAUUGAAUUUGUAUACAAUAUUACAGUAUUACAAUUAUUUUUAUAAAAUAUCUGUGAAGGCUGUAUCACAUUUCUGUUGUGGCAACCAUAAGAUAUUUCUGCUGUCACAGUUCUGUUUUGGCGAGAGUUGAGUCGGGGAAUGCUGUAUGCGAGGAAUUUUGUUAUGUUAUCAUUAUGACAGUGACUCAUUGGAAAUAAAACUAAAUACAUUUA